AUGGCGCUUACUCCAGAAAUCGUUUCUGCGAAAUUAGUGUCCUUAAAUGAGACCCAAGAGAGUAUAACAGGAAUCGCACAUUGGGUUAUUUAUCACAAACGAUAUGCGAAUGAAAUUAUUCAACUGUGGUUAGAAUCGCUACGCGAAGCUCCGCCCAACAAAAAGCUGCUCCUACUAUAUUUAAUUAAUGAGGUUGUCCAGCAGUCUCGUGUAAAAAAGAUCACUGAUUUGAUUGACGCUGUUGCACCUUUUGUCGUAGAAGCUGUUCCACAAGCAUAUGCAAGUUGUCCUUCUACCAUAAAAACUAAGAUCAAAUACGUAUACGACGUUUGGUGCCAGCGUGCUAUAUUCUCGAAAAAAAUUUUAACGGAUCUUCAGAAUAAAUUUAUGGAAGCGGAUUAUAAUCGUCUUGGUCAACCUUCAGCUGUUGAUCAACCCGAAUGGAUGUCUCUUUCUAAACUUUUUGUGGAAACAUCAAUCCAUGCAAAAUCUUCAGCUACAACGAAAAGUGCUGUUGAUGUCUUAUACAAAUCGUUUCAUGAAAAGCCAUCAGAUGAUCCACAGCUAAAUGAUAAGUUUAAAGCUCAGCUUAUAAACGCGGUAUCUUCCUGCGAAAAAACACACCGUCUUUGUCUUGAAUCCCGCCUGGCUUUAAUAUCAUCUUUAGAGACAUUGUUGAACAAGCAAAGACAGUUAGUAGAAGAAGAAGAAGCAAACGUUUCAGAGUUGACAAAUAUACUCGCGGUCGUUGAAGGAAGAAAUCCUCCCGUCAAUGAAAGCCCAGUGGAUGCUAAUACCUCAGAAGAUCCUAACUAUAACAGUGAUGAUGCAUAUUCUCCAGAGGUAGACUCUUAUUCCCCUCCCAUAGAUCAUGCUCCUUAUUCUGCUGAUCUCAAUUCCGUCGAACCAAACUUUCCUCCUCUACCUCCCUCAGUUGCUUCAACACACAGAGAGCAAGACAACUCCUACGAUAACAUACCGAACGAAGAGCAAGAUCACGAGGAAAAGGCUGUAUCUUCAGACCAUUUUCAAACUUUUCAAAAAGAAGGGUCAGCUUCUUCUGAAGACUCUAUAGCGGCGGGACUUUAUCCUGACAAUUAG